UCAGUAUCCCUCAUUGCUUUACGUAUUUCUUUCCCUUUCCCUGCGACUCGGCAGUGGCGCGGGUUGUCGAAGCAAACUAGGAAUUACGGUCGUAGAGCAACAAUGGUGAAGAUAUUCAUUGGAAACCUGGCUGAGGAGACUGGCAGGGAUGAAAUUGAAGCCCUCUUUACUCCAUACGGCACACUGACGGAAUGUGCCAAGUACAAAAACUAUGCCUUUGUCCACAUGGAUGACCGCAAGGCAGCCACCAAAGCCAUCCGUGAGCUCCACCUUCGUAAACUCAAUGGGAGGCCCAUGAAUGUGGAGCCCAGCAGAGGGAACAGCCAGGGUCCUGUCAAGCUUCACAUCGCCAAUGUGGAAAGGGGCUUUGAGAAAGAGCUACAAGAGCUCUUUGAAGAGUAUGGCACAGUCACAGAGUGUGCCAUUGUGAAGAAUUUUGCUUUUGUUCACAUGGCAAAUUCGGAUGAGGCCAUGGAUGCCAUAAAGGGUCUAGAUAACACAAUGUUUCAAGGUAAUUAUAUCCAUGUUCAGUUGUCAAGAAGCAAGCCUGCAUGGGCUCAAGCGGAGGAGGACUAUCCACCUCCACCGCCCCCUGGCAGAGGAGGCUAUUAUCCUCCUCCUCCUCGCUUUCAUCCGGAGCCUCCCUAUGGAGGCCGCAUGUCUCCUUACCCCCCUCCACCGCCUCCGCCACCUCCUCCUAGACGACCCAUGUAUCCAGACCGUGGAUAUGGCGAACGGGAAGGCUAUAGAGUGGUGGAUUACUAUGAGAAAUUCAGAGCCCGCCCUUAUGGUGCCCCAGGCUAUGAAGAAAGGCGCUCUGGGGCCAUCCCUCCACCGCCGCCGCCUUCAGGAAUGGUCAGAGAGCGUGUUGGGAUGGGCUCCCAUGAUCCUUACGAUAGGCGGCCUCCUCCCCCUCCUGCUAUGCCCUAUAUGGCCCGCGAUCGGAGUCCCAUUAGACGAGUCCCACCUCCUCCUGCCCCACCUGCUCCAGUGGCUGGUAAUGGGUACUCCUAUGAGCGCACCCGUUUCACUCCACAGACAAAGCCUCAGGGGUACGCACCCCCCUACCCCAGGCCCAGCUAUGCACAAAGCGGUCACCCUCCGCCGAUGCCGCAGCCCAACUAUGGUACCUACCAGGCCCAUGGAGUUUAACACAAAGGUUUAGAAUAUGACAAGAACGCCGUCUGCUGAUGCGCAUGGUGCUAUACGCUCCCCCCCCCUUGUGUAUGGUGGAUUGCGUUGCGUUCGCCGGAGACUUACUGGAAGAUACUGUAUUGCGGACGGCGCCGUUCUUAAAAACAAAACAAAAUAUGCGAUCUUUGUUGCAUUCACGUAUUCCUCUGAGCUGUCAAUGCUUUUUCUGUUCCUCUGAUUUUCACUUUUCAAAUUCAGAUUGUUUGGGUUUUACUGCUUAGCCUAGUUCAAUAUGACACGUUAUUACCAGAAAAAUAAGAUUCAAAUUGGAAUACAUCCAGUCUAUGUAAAGAGCAUAGUAGCCAUUGUAUAGAUUAACCUGAUUCCCCCCCAUCAAAAUCACGUUUUAAAAAGACUUCAGCGAGUGUUUCUAUUCAGAUUGUGUGGCGCUAUUUAAAAACAAACAUUUCUUUUUCGACCUGUACGCAUGUAAACUCAAAAUUUUAGUUUGACUUUUUUUCCCCCUCUUUACACUCUGUUAGUGUAUUUCUUAGACGAUACAGCAAAGUUAUGUAUGAUUUUAUUUACAAGUUGCUUUCCCCCCCUCUUAUUUGAAGUUUUUUAAUAAACAUAUGAAACACAAAACGAGACGUUUUAACUGUCGAGUCAUUGCUCAGGCCGAGGUCUUAAUCGCAGCGUGGAGAUGCUUGCGCUAUCUGUCCUCAUCAGUUUGAAGCUCGACACAGGGUAGGUUGUUCAACCUGAACAUUGCGAAAUGUCACUUGGUUUUUUGUUUUUUUUGUAAACUGAUCCCACGCUUUUAAAAUUCCCUAGCUGGGCGCUUAAAGAAAUUAAGCUUGCGCUAUUAGAAUCACUUUUUAUGCUCCCUUGUCAUUGCGGAUAUGAAUAUAUGUGUGUAUAUAAAUGUGUAUGUAGUUCUCAAGUGAAUCAAUAAUAUAAGCUGUGCUCCCGGUCACAUUCAUCUCUUCUAGUGUGUUUAAUAAAUGUCCUGUUUGUCUUUCCUAAUUUGUGUGGUGUUCUCAGUCUCUGUGCUUGUCUUUAGACUCUGCAGGGGACUCCAGAUCAUGGAAGCUGUCUUUCCACAUGGAGGAGACCAAUCACUUUUGAAAGUUGUCUUGGUAGGAUUCAAAUUCAAGAGUUGGACAUUUUGGACACCUUGCACUGAAGGAAGCCUGGACACCAGAUGACCUCCCAAAUUAAGGAUCUUGGAUUUCUGGUUUUGGUGUCAGCUGGGAGCCUGUGUCCAUGACGGGCACGGUGUCUGAUUCACAUGCACAAGUCUCCCUCGAUGGAGGUGCUGACAGGACGUCCAACUCCACCUCAAAGCUCACUUUGGCCUCACCAGCCUCCCUGACUAUCAGCAUCUCAUACUGCCCGAACCGGACCAGGGCCUUACUCGGGAGAUCCACCCUCUCCAAGAAGUCCAGCGCAGAGCUAUUAACGUACAUUUUUGCGAUCUGAGAUAAGUUCUGAAGGGUGAAUAGCAUGUCUGGGCUGUCAGCUGUGCGGUAGGCGUAGAGGGCCAGCUGCUUGCGGGACACCCGGCGGUCAACCAGAGAAAAGGUGCAAACCUGGGCAUCUCGUCCUAAACGGAGAGGCUCAUCUGCAGAAUGUUUGCUUCUGUUGCCCAGAUGGAGCAAACUGUAAAAACCUUUUGUGUGCUGCUCAGGGUGGUAGAACUUUAUGUGGAGGCAAGUCAAAAGAUCUUCUUCUGUCUCCAUUGUCUCAGACACAUUCAUCUUGAAUAAACUGGUAAGAAUAGUGACACAAUCGUUUUGGUAAAUUGGGUGAAUAUUCAUAUCUCAGUGUGUUGAGCUUACCUUGUGUUGGCUCCUCAAAGGUAAAGAUGUUCUGCCUCAGUCACGCUGUACAGAAGAUGAAAGGAAACUGCAGCUAUCUGUUGUCCUGUCUAUUUAAUAAAGUGUUCAAACUGAA